AUGUUCGCCGCUCGCCGCCUGGCAACUGUUUCUUCGCACUUUGCCUCUGUCUCCGCCCCCCGCGUUAGUGUAACCGCAUCCGCCCGUCCCCAGCUCUUCGCUGCUGCUGCCUCCCCUCGCAACUCUGCCAAAGUGGGCUCCUCAUUCUCCUCCGCCGCAUCCCCCGAGGCCAUGUCCGACGCCAAGACGCUCGUCGACAACGCCAUCAAGGACAACGACGUCCUGGUGUUCUCCAAGUCGUACUGCCCUUACUGCAAGCGCGCUAAGGCUAUCCUCGAGGACAUCACCCCCGACGUCAAGGUUUACGAGCUUGACGAGAUGGACGAUGGAUCCGUCAUCCAGCAGUACCUCAAGUCGCUGAACGGACAGGGCACCGUCCCCCACGUUUACAUCAAGCAGCACCCUAUACUCCUUCUGACGACACAAGCUAACGCUCAGUUCAUCGGUGGCUGCUCCGACCUCCAGGCCAUCCCCAAGAACCAGCUUGUCAAGCAGAUCAAGGGCUAA